CGAGAGGAUGAAAUAUAUAAUAAGUGUGCACAGUGGUAAUUAAGAGUGCAUAGAGAAGCAAAGAAGUAUAACAAAAGCACCAAAGAGGACCUAAAAAGCGAUACAAAGAGGAACAGCUCCAAAGAAGAAGAGGAGGAGGAGGAGGAAGAAGAUUGAUCUGGCAACACUGGUGAGCCACAGGAGGAGCCACCAACCUCUACUGAAGUGCCCGCGAAAUAAGACUUGAAGGGAUUAUUAAGGACCCUGGCAGCUCAAAUUAAGCCCCCCGGUGCAAUUAUAAUCAAGACUACUUAACGCGAUGUAGCCGUUGCAGCCUCCAUCUCAAGACCGCUGCCGCCCACACCUCUGCAGGCACCAUGGCCGAGCAGCAGGUGUCCCGUGCUGCCGAGGGCGUGGAGCUUGACCCAGACACAGAUGAUGCCGAGUCUGUUGCUGUAGCAGGAGGUGAGGAAAAUGGCAGCACAGCUCCCAGUAUUCCAGAGGAGGAGGACAACAGAACUCCCGCCACUCCAGAGGAGGAAGGCAACACAACUCGCGGUGUUCAGCAGCAGGAGGGCAGCGGGACUCAAAGAGAUCCACAAGAGGAAGCAGAGACUGAAAGCCUUGAAAGCCCAGAGAUUCGGAGAAGAAGAAGACACCAAAUCUUGGACUCCAGUGAGAAUAAUGAAGAUGGCCCUGGAGCCUCAGAGAGUGUGCAGGAAGUGCCGGCAGCAGCACAGCAGGACAGUCAGGUGGCUCCAGUGAUUGAUCUGGCACACAGCCCUGAGCCAGCAGCAAGGCUGGUGGACCUUGCGGCCCCAGAGGAGUUAGACCGCCCGCCAUCACUGCCUGAGACACUUGCCAGUGAGCCCUUCCCACUCUCCCCACCCACUGUGCAGGAACCCUCAACCUCCCAGCAGCAGCCAGCACAGCCCAUACCCGGUGAAGCCGCAGCCCAGAUCGUUGCCGACAGUGAGGAUGACGGACAUAUCUGCCCAAUCUGUUUUGAGCCGUGGUCCAACAUGGGAGACCAUCACCUCGCCUGCCUCAAGUGUGGUCACCUGUUUGGCUACAGCUGCAUUGUGAGGUGGCUGGUAGGGCAAUCUGGGCAGAAGGGAAGGUGCCCCCAGUGCAACAGGAGGUCAUCCAAGAAGGAUGUCCGCAAACUCUACGCCAAAAACAUUGUAGUAGUGGACACCACUGAGAAGGAGAGGAUCCAGAAAAACUUUGAAAAAGAGAGAGAGGAGAGGCGGAAGUUUGAAGUGGAAUGUGCAAACAUUAAACUGCAGUACAACCAGAAGUCGCAACAGUUGACGAAGGUGCUGAAGGAACUGGAAGUGUUGAAAGCUUCAGUCGGUAAAGCAGGUGCUCCUGUCGCUGAGCCCAGCAAUAGUAAAAAUAGCCCCAAGAAGCGGCUGGUGUUCAGCCGAUUUCUUGAAAUCUGUAGGAACGGGGAAUGCCGGGUUAUGGCGUAUAACAAGUGGCUGGCCAUGCUGGUGGUGUCCAUGCCCAGCCAGGUGGAAAUGUUCCCUGGCUUUGGCAUCAAGAAAAUCAACAUGAUUGAUUUGCGCGUAGACUGCUACGUGCCACUGCACCAGCAGCUGAUCCGAGACCUUGCCUUCCACCCAACCAGACAUGACAUGUUGCUGUCAGUGGCCAUAGAUCAAUUUGUCAAGAUUACCAACAUCCAGUCCAAUGCGGCAAUGGGCCACUUCAUAGCCCCGGCCCCUGUGUGGUGCUGCUGUUGGAGCACAAGGGAUGCAAAUGUCUUCUAUGUUGCAACCUCCAACGGUCAUCUCAUCCAGUACGACAUCCGUAACGCUGAUGGGCCGGUGGCUGCUAUUGAGCUGCCUGGAACAGGCCCUGUUGUCUCCCUGGCCUACAUUCACCCAUGCCCUGAGGCCUCCCUCACCUGCCAGGGCCUGCUGGUGGCCCGCCUGAAGCAGUGCUGUUUUGUAGAUGAAGGGCUCGCUAGGACCCAGAUUCUUCGUAUGGAUGGGACUUUGGCCUCAGUGUCGUGUGUGGAUAAUUCUUGUCAUGUGUUGGUGUCCUUCCGACCAUCACUACAGUUUCCUCACACCCGCCAUGCUGUGUGUACACUGUACCAGAGUGCGUGUGGGGAGAACAAUGGUGAUGAGGUGCUGUCUGUCAGAACACUCCACAUCUUUCAUGGUGGUACCACAAGCAAGAAGUUGACCCGGUCACAGUUGAUGCGUGUCCCCCACGAUAAAUCCUCGCUGCUGGUGUGUGCCGGGGAUGAGGCCACCCAGAGUGUGUACGUGUGGGACGUGGCCACCCAGGCGUGCCUGCAGCAGCUGCAGUGCUCAGAUACUGUGCUGGACGUGCUGCAGCUAUGUACUGGCCAGACAGAGUACCUUGCGGUGCUCACCGGUAAGGGCGUCAGGUUGUACCAGUGGACUGCGUAGUCAUGAAAGGAAAGAGGGAUUUGGUUCAGAAGUCCUUGUGGUGGUGCUUCGACCUUGUGACUGGAUAACCCUACAGGCAGCCUGUGUUGUGAUGAUGAGCGACAACGCGUUAUGUGAAUGAUGACACGGAACCACACCUGAACCGUAGUCACGACUAUUGGUUGCUGAGCUACUGGGGGUACUUCUGGCUAGCUCUUGUCAGUGUCUUUCUCAGGCCCACCAUUUAAACACCAUCUCUCUUACGCGAGUCAUAUUAGGGUCAUGCUUGUGCUGACCAACCUUCCUUUGGAUGUUACCUGCCAGUCAGCUCUGGAAGGUAUAUAUUGGAGGAUUGGAUUGCUCAUUUUCUUUCCACAAAUUACAAACAAUUUAUUUAACUAUAUUUAGUAGUGUCUUCUCUGUGGAGUACAAAAUGUAUGUUUCUUUUUCUACGUAACCUUUUAAAAAGGUGUCUUGCUGAGGCAGAUCACGUGUAAAGCACAGGGCAAUAUAUUUACUUUUUUAUACUUUUGAAUAAAGAAAUUUUG